AUGUCCCCCGCCCCCAUCGACCCCCGCAUCACCGACGUCGUCCAGCCCGAAAAGGCCACUCUCGACCUCCCCGCCCCAGCCCGCGCACGCCUCGAAAAAGCCGGCAUCGACCUGUCGCAGGGCUAUCCGUAUAAGCCUGCCAGACCACUCUAUCUCGACGACGUCUACCGCAUCCGGGACUAUGAGCGGCAGCACAUCGACCCCGGGACGCGCGCUGAUCCGGAGAAGAAGGCUCUUUUCGGAGCCGCGAAGAAAAUAGUCCAUCUCACUAGGCAUAUUGGUACGGAGAUUGUUGGGCUCCAGCUUAAGGAUCUUACCGAUCAGCAGAAGGAUGAGCUCGCGCUGCUGAUUGCUGAGCGGAGUGUUGUCUUUUUCCGUGAUCAGGAUAUUUCUCCUCAGCAGCAGAAAGAGUUGGGGGAGUAUUUUGGUGAGGUUGAGGUUCAUCCACAAGCCGCCCAAGUCCCCGGCGUCCCCGGCGUGACGGUCAUCUGGCCCGCACUGCAGGCCACCGAACGAGCAGCCAGCUUCCGCCAGCCCGGCGGCGCGUCGCGCUGGCAUACAGAUCUCGUACACGAGCGCCAGCCAGCCGGCAUCACGCACCUGCACAACGACACGGUGCCAUCGGUCGGCGGCGACACCGUCUGGGCCAGCGGGUACGCGGCGUACGAGAAGCUGUCGCCGGAAUUCCGCAAGAUCAUCGACGGCCGCACCGCCAUCUACCGGUCUGCGCACGCCUAUCUCGACCGGAACGAUCCCCAUGCUGGGCCGAAGUACAUCGAGCGCGAACACCCGCUCGUGCGUGUCCAUCCUGUCACCGGCUGGAAGGCCCUCUGGGUGAACCGCGCCAUGACGGUGCGCAUUGUCGGGCUGGACCAGGCCGAGAGUGACCUGAUCCUGGGCUAUCUGUUCGACGUGUACGAGAAGAACAUCGAUAUCCAGGUGCGGUUCCGGUGGACGUCGGGGACGAGUGCGCUGUGGGAUAAUCGAAUCACCAUCCACAACGCCAGCUGGGACUACGAGGGCAAUGAGCCCCGGCACGGCACCAGAGUCACCUCCCUCGCCGAAAAGCCCUUCUUUGACCCCAAUGCGCCGACGAGGAGGCAGGCGCUGGGGCUGUUGGGGCCGGACGAGUAG